AUGACGAUGACGAAAACGACGACAAAGACGAAAACAUCGUCAGGGCGCCGCAGGCUUUCCACACGAUACCUGUACAAAACUUACCGCCCUGAGUGUGAAGAAGCCUUCCCCGCCACCAUCGAAUUUACCCAACAGGAGACUAAAUCCAAGCUUCCCUUGAAGCCCCUCUAUAAGCCUGAGCUUCGAGUUACGAUCCCGGUUCCCCUGUACUUUGCCGGUUUCAUGGUUUCUGCUGGGUGGCUUUUCGAAUGGAACCGCCGGAACGAUGCGAAAGGAAUUCAUGCUGUCGCAUCAAGGGCCACUCCCAAGUGGGCAGAGCGUGGCAAGGAAAAGCCAUUCAUGACACCCACUGUCUAUCCCUGGCCUACCGGCGACUACAUGGUCUACUUCAUCUCCUAUCCAGCAAGUCGGGGAGAACUGGAGUACUUCUAUGACAACAGGGACGCCAUCCUCGAUCGCUACCUGGAUCUCAUGGACUUUCCGUCGCAUGAGAGGGAGAUAAUCAAGACGAGGCUGUUCAAAUGGUAUCGGCUGAUGCGCGCGACGAUGUCGACCAGGGAGGACUUGAUGGAAGAUUUACCGGAGGAUAUGUGUUUGCAGUAUGUGUCUGACUCCGAAUGA